AUGUCUGAACUUAUAGAUCGACCACGUUCAGAGCUUACGGAGAGUGAACUUCAAGAGCUUGAAGAGUUCGAGUUCAAUCAUGGCCCACUAUCGCUUAUACAAAACUCAGUGAAGACAGGUGCACCUGUGAUGAUUCACUGCAGGAAUAAUCAUAAGCUACUUGCUAAGGUGAAGGCGUUUGAUAGGCAUUGCAAUAUGAUUCUAGAAGAUGUUAAGGAACUCUGGACCGAAACAACGAGGAAUAGCAAGGGCAAAAUUAUAAAGACAACGUCAAAGGAAAGAUUUAUUGUCAAGCUCUUUCUAAGAGGGGAUUCUGUGAUUAUCGUGCUCAAAGUUUAG